GGGGAGUCGGGACCCAUUGAAUUUCUCAGGGACCCACCCAACUCGCCACCUGUGGGUCCCGGGGACUCACUACAUUGAAAACCUAUCAACAUCACUGGUUAUGUCUUAUUUAUUUUCAAUUUAUUUCCGUUUGUUGAGUGUGUGAAUCCCCCCUCCUAAUUGUACACUUGUGCGAUUUAGUUUGAAACCGCCUCGCGACUUUCUGCGUUGUCAUGGUUACCCCACACUCUUUCUUCAGUGAGAGCCAAGAAAGUAAAGUUGAGUAAUGGAGGAUUUGAGGUUACCUAAAAAGCAGAAGAAACUGGACCAACAGCCAAGCAUACACAGUUUUUUUUCAGACAGUAAGUAACUUGACAGGCAUGCUGAAAGCAGUGGCCAGACAGGGACAUGCUCUGGACAUGCAGGUGAUAAGUGUUAACAAACCCUCGGACUACUACUGCCGCAAUGUUGAAAACGGAACAGGAAGCGUUAGUUAACCAUGGGGGGCUGAAGGGGAUCAUCAUGUGUCGAUAUCGCGCCAAAUAUGCUCUCAUCUUCCUCCUCCUCGCAACCUCUGGUCUCAUGUUCCUGCUGCGCAACAUUCUCACUCUGAAGCUGGGCUGGCAGAACAGCAGCCGCGCGGCCUUCGCCCAGAUGAGGCCCGCCCCUCCGUACCGAGCCCACACCUUCUGCAGCCACCUGGGCCCGGAGCCCACCCCCGACGAAGCCCUGGAGGAUCGCUACCUCCUCAAAGCCAUCGCCUGGCCCGAGCUCCCCGCCCGCCCCGCCCCUGUGCCUCUCAACCAGACCAGCGACCCUGUGCACAGCCUGUUCACCGUCCUGCCCUCAAAGGGCCAGAAGGAGUGGCAUGUUGGGGACCAGCUGGAGGCCCUGGUCCACAUGCACGACUUCCAGGGCAGUCCCAAGCGCUACGGCGGGGACUUCCUGGUGGCCCGGCUGCACUCCCCGGACUUUGGGGCCGGGCUGGCGGGCAAGGUAGUGGAUCACCUCAACGGCUCCUACUCGGCGCUGUUCCCCCUGCUGUGGGGGGGCUCGGCCCAGGUGCAGAUCACCAUGGUGCACUCCAGCGAGGCUGUGGCCGUGCUGCAGCGGCUCCGCGAGGAGCGGCCCAACCGGGUCUUCUUCAAGAGUCUGUUCCGCUCGGGCGAGCUGUCCGAGACCACCACGUGCAUCCCGUGCCUGCCACUCAACUACCCGCAGCCACCCCUGUGCAACUACACCAACCUCCACACGGGGGAGCCCUGGUACUGCUUGAAGCCUGAGCUGCUGAGCUGUGACACCAGGAUCAACCACGCCAUGGGGGGCUACGAGAAUCCCCUCUACACCAACCAAGAAGCGCUGCUAUUUCAGAGCCGUAUAAACAUCAAAGUUAUCAUCCAUACAUCAGGACCAGAUCGUAUCAACGUGCUUCCUCAGAAGAUAGAUGAAACAGAGUUAGAAAGCAGCACCAUCAAAGCAGAGCCGGAUAAGUACACCCCUUCUGGCUAUUACUACCAAGGCACUUGGAGGCCCCUCUGUGGAACUUCUGUUCGCCAGUUUAACGACUCCUCGUCCAUCACGCAGUGCCUUACUGGCAAGGUGAUCCAUAUGUACGGAGACUCCACGAUGAGGCAGUGGUUUGAGUACCUCAGCGCUUUCAUACCAGAUUUCAACCUGCACCGUACAAAGAACGUGGGCCCCUUGAUGGCAGUGGACUUUAAAAACAACAUCCUGAUGAACUACCGCUGCCACGGUCCGCCCAUCAGAAUCCUCCCUGUCAGCACCAGCGAGCUACGCUACGUCGCCGAUGAGCUGGACGGCCUGGCCGGAGGCCCCGACACCGUGGUGGUCUUCAGCAUCUGGGCCCACUUCACAUCUUUCCCCAUUGAGGUCUACAUUCGCCGCAUGCGGCACAUCCGCCAGGCGCUAGUACGGCUCCUGGACCGGGGCCCCGGAACCCUCGUGAUAAUCCGCUCGGCUAACUUUGUGGCCAUGGACCAGACGACAAGCAAGCACAGCAGCGACUGGUUCUCGCUGCAGAUCGACACGGUUCUCAGGACCAUGUUCAAGGGCCUGGGUGUUGUGUUUGUGGAUGCCUGGGAGAUGACCUUAGCCCAUCAUAGCCCCCACAACAUCCACCCGCCCCCGCCCAUCAUCAAGAACAUGGUGGAUCUCAUCCUGUCUCAUGUGUGCCCUGACAAGAAGAAGAGCUAAUGGAAAACAAAGGAGGGGGGGAAGAAGUAGAUUCAGAUUCAUGUGAUUGAGGAGCAGGUAGGCGUUAAGCACCUUGCUAAAGGAUGCCUACAGGUAGUCUCAGGACUUUGGAGAUCGAACCCAGUAUAUAGCCAACUGGUAACUUUGUCGGGCUCUUAGUAAUAAUAAUAAUACAUUUAAUUUAGAGGCGCUUUUCAAGGUCACCCAAGGUUAGUCACCUUUCUAUCUAUAAUUCUCUGGAGUGAACUGUUCCUUAUACAUAACUCCGCUUAAUAUAUGGCUAUUGAUUUAAUUUAUUCACUUAUCGAAGCAAUAUUUGAUUUUAAAUGUGGUUUUAUUAUUUAGUAAAUACAAAUAGUCCGCCACAGUUGUCAGGGCAUAGCACUUUGCCAAGCAACGUGUAAACAACUUAACCAGAGUUAACUAGUCAUGCAGUGUUUGUUUUUAAAAAAGAAAAGGAACGGCAGCUCUUAACCUAGCUGGUCCGCUGCUCAAUCCAAACCCGCAUGCUUCAAUGAAAAUCAAAACAUGUCAGCUAUGUAUAGGUCCAUAACAGUUUGUAACCCACAGUAAAAUGGGGGUUAUAUCCUUAAAUUGUCCAAUGCAUUGUAACCAUUGUUGGAGCAGUGUAUAUUUACAAGCUGAUUUUGGAUGAUGGUUUGUGGUUUGCAUAUCUUACAUUUCCCAUGUCUUUCAUAUAAUAAGAUAUUAUUGUAUUCUUUUUACACUUCACUUGAGUGCUUGUUUAAUCUCUGGUUAGAACCAAACUAUAUAGACCAUACAACAUUUAAUUGUAUUUCCAAUAAUUUGAAUCUGAACUGAACUCCUAUCUAUUAUUUUGCUUAUGAAUGCCUUUAGUAAAAAUCGUGCAUUUCUUUGCAGUAUUUUGGUAGUGGAAUUUACUGUGCGAUCCAAAGGGGUAGGGGGCAAAAAUCUUGCCUAUAGGGCGCCAAAUUGGUCAGGGCCGGGUGCCAAAAAGUGAUCAGCUGCCAGAAAGUGAUUUCAGCCGCGGGAGCGCACACAGCCUGUUAAAGCUAGGCUUUAUCGCCUCGAAACGUGUGUGCGGCAGCAAAGUCUGAUCAGUCAUACUAGUCAAUAGCACUACAGGACUAUUGACCGCUGUAUUAACACAGAUAUGUAUUUUAAGGUGACAAGACAUCGACGUUGUACGGGGAUCGACGUCUGAUCAGUCAUAGUACUAGUCAAUAGCACUACAGGACUCCGUGAGUCAAUUAGGCCUAUCCUUCUUUACGUUUUUAAACCACUGUAAUCGAAAUUAUUUCUGUGUGUCUUUUUUAUUCAAUAAAACAUGUAGUUUCUUACUAUGCA